AUGAGAAGAGAAACCAAGAAACAGGUAAGUUAGUCGGUUAUAGCAUCCCGAUAUGUCUCUGGGCUAAAGAUAGUGAACCAAAUCAUAAAGAGCAAUCAUUUUUUGAAGCUAUAAACAAUAUAACAACUAUUUGCCAGCAACAUCUAGAGAAUGAAUACGGCGCAGAUUUAGCAUCAUCUCUGUCUUCAUUAUUAUAUUACAACAGGUUGAAUAUCUUGACAAAAAAGGGUAAAAAGAAAACUAAGAGAGACCCCUCAGCUGCGCCAGUUCUCUACGCCAAACGUAUUUAUUCUGAAAAAUCAAAGAAAAUUCUUUCUUUAUUUUCGAUAAAGGGUAAAAAGAGGGUUAAACCUUUAGAUUAUCUUAAACAGUACUGCAAUGUAAAAAUGGCUUUGAUUAUUGAAGGAAUCUUUAUCAGUAAAACUGUUACAUCUUUGCAGAUAAAGGUACAUGAGUGUUAUGUUAAACCAUUGAAACCUAGGCAGUCUUUACUAACAAUUAAAGAAAAUGAUAAUGAGAAUAAUGAUGAAAGUGACAACGCACUGUAAUUUUCAGGGAGUUAUAAUAACUCCUCUAUUGGGGCUAAUUUAACUCCUUACAGUGGAGUUAUUUUUCGUGGAGUUACUUUAACUCCAAAAAGGACUUUAAAGAACUCUUUUUCAGGAGUAAAAGUGACCCCAGAUAUUGAGGAGUUAAAAUAACCCCCAAAAAGGAGUUAUCCUGUACCUAAAAUUUUUACUCCACUUUCAGAGUUAAAUUAACUCCAAAAAGAGUAAAGACAACCCAUGUAAGGAGUACAAGUAACCCCAUUUCGGAGUAAUUUUAACUUCAGACUGGGAGUAAAAAGAACUCUUUUUCAGGAGUAAAAAUGACCCCAAAUUCGGAGUUAAAUUAGGAGUUAAAAUAACCCCAAAAAAGGGGUUAUCCUGUACCUAAAGUUUUUACUCCAUUUUUGGAGUUAUAAUAACUCCCUAAAAAUUACGGUACGGAGGCAACACUGAGACCGUUGAGCAAAGCGAGGAUGAUAAUAUUGAAGAUCUAAUUAUUUCUGAUAAAGAAGAGGAAGAAUGAGAAAAAGGAUACUACAGAAAAUAGAAAAGUAUUUAAACAUUUUUAAAAAUAAAAAAAAGUUUAUAUUUUUUUAACUAAUUGUAGUAACCUUUUUCACUAAGGGGUAGGUUUCCAGAUGGAUUUAUUUUUAGUACAAAAUUUUGUAUUAAAAAUCAACCAAAUCCUUUGAACUCACCUGUGAGUUAAAUUUAUCAGGAUAACCACUCCAUUUUACUAAUGACAACUUUUUCUUGUUAUCUCGUCUGAUAACUUUUUCUAUUCUAAAUGUCUGCUGCUUUGCUCUCUGUAAUUCUUGCUCGUAGAAAGAGCCCUUAAUUGAUUCUCCCUUCAAAUCAACGAUGCUAUACGUAACAGGUUUUGUUGGCAAGAUUUUAUUAAUCACAAAUAUCUCCUCAUUCCAGUUUGGUGUGUAGCCUUUAUCAAAUACUUGCCUCUUAUACUUUGAAAUUCUAACUUUGUCGCCAAUCGCAAACUUUGGUUUACCAGGUUUUAAGUAGAUCAAAUCGCCGUAUAAACUAGACCAAACUUUACUCUCAUUUGCCUUUUUACUUGCUUCAACAGGAGUCAUUUUUAUGCUAGAAUGUCUCGCAUUAUUGUAAUCAUUAACUAGUUUAUCUAUCUUAUCCCAGUAAACAGUGUUGUUAUUCACGGUAAACAUCUUCCACGUUCUGUUUUUCAUUGUUUUAUUCCAUCUCUCAACAACACUCGAUUUCUCUUCUUUUUCAGUGUGAUAUAACCUGAUCCCUGCUCUUUUCAAAAAGUCUUUGAAAUGUCUACUGAUAAACUCAGAACCUUUAUAUUUCAUCAAAUGCCUUACUAACAGUUUCUGUCUUUUUAUUCUUUAGAGGUUUAAUUCAGCCAUACUUGCUAAAUACGUCUAUAACCAUCAGCAGAUAUUUAAUACCUUUGUUCCACUUGCUAAACUUUUGCAUUUCUACCAAAUCAGCAGCCCAGAUUUCAUCAAUCCCGUUUGAGAUUACUGAUCUCUUUAAAAAGUUUUUUGUGAUUGGUUUGUAAAGUUCGUCGGCUAAUUGUUGAGACCAAUCACUACUCAACGCCGACGCGCGUUUUUUUGAAGACCAAGUCCAAGUUUUUGUUUUGUAUUAAUCAUUGCUCUUGCCAUAGCAUGUCCCCAUUGUCUUUCUUUCCAAGGAAUUGCAUCUAAUGAUUUUAUCAUUUUUCUAUCAGCUUCAUUCUUACAUUGCACUUGUUCGCUGGGUGGUUUGUUACCACAGACAGUAAUCAACAUCGUGUUGCAUACUGACAGCAUCUGUUCGUCCAGUUGGUUGCUCAUAUAUUUCUAGUAUCUCACCAGUUUCAGGAUCGUAUUUCAAUUGAGAUUCGAGUGGCUUACCAGGUCUAGUAUAAUUAUGCCCAGGCAGUACGAAGCUUUUACGUGGAGCUACUUUUAGUAUUUGUUUGUGGAUAUCUAUUGCACGUCCAGACUUACCACGUACCCGUCCAUAAAUAACUGGAGCCAUGAUUCCACUUCCUUGAGUUUCUAGUAAUGGAUUGUUUUCCCAGAAGUGUUCAUCAAUGUUAAUUCCGUAUUUGUUUCUUAUAACCUCUGGCCAUGAAUCUGGAUUAGAUGAAAUAAUGUUGUUCAUAUCUGUUAAAGCUUCUGGGUUUUUUUCAAAGAAUUUUGUUUUAUAUUGCCUAAAUUUCUUACCAUCUUUGUUAAACGCAAAGAACAGCUCAGGAUUACUUCCUUUGCGUAUUAUUCCUUUUAAUUUCUCUUCUUCAGCUGUCGGCCGCCUCCAAAACUUACUAGAAGUAAUUCCUGAAAAUAUCCCCAGAUUUAUGCCUAUCAUAAACUGGUUUUAGAGAUGGAAAAAGUUCUUGCGUUGAUUUCAUUGCAAUAUCUGGCGCUUUUUUGACCACAUCCAUUGGGGUGAUUCCUUUUCCUGAUCUCCCGUCCAAAUCCUUCCUAUCAGUUUUGUAUUUCUUUUUUGGUUUUACUUUAGUUGAUAGCUGUUCCAUUGCUGAUCCAACAGAAUCUUGAAUAAAUGGAGUUAGUUUACUCAUCCCAUAAUUAACAGCUUUACGCUGUAGUUUUUUAUUUCUGAGUGCUUCACUUGCACCAUAACGACCAAUCUCAACUGCUUUGCGACCCAACUAAGGCAGACCAUGUUCAACAAAAGCUUCUGUGGCUGUGCCAACUACAGUAUCAAAAACAUCACCACCUGUUUGUUUUCCCGCCCCUUCUAGUUUUUUGAAGAUCGUUUUUUUGUUUUUCUUUCUGUCUUAUUUCCACUUCCAGUUUGAGGCACUCCCCCCACUUUCACAUAUCUAACUUUUUUGGUUCCACAUACUGCGCAUUUACAAAAGAAUUGAGUUCGCUCUCUUUCAUCCUGCUGGUAACCACUUGGCUCUGUGCAAGGAGUUACUCUUUUAUCUACAAUAGAAUAUGAUUCCUUCAUUUUAUAUAUUGAUUAUAUAAAAUGAUGAGAGCUAAGUUUCUAAAAAGUGAACCAAACAAAAUAUAUGAUCUGUUAAACGUGAGUUAUGAAUAUGCUGAUUGUGCUAGAUUAGAGGAUAAUAAUCGCUUUGUAACAAUAUUUGGGUUGCUUAUGGAAAUAACUGAUAUAAAGCAAACUGCAGAAAUUUAUGAGGUAACUUAAAAUUGUGCGCUCAAAGCAGCCACAAGUCAAGUGAUACAUACGUAUGUAUGGUGAAUGAGCGAACAUGAUCAGCAAAGGCUGUUAGGCGAUAACGAUUUUCCCGCCACUUUUCACGUUUGCCUUUCCCGACGCAAGUGAAGUGUGAAAUCUGUUCGUAUAUUUGGAUCUUCUACUGAAAUCAAUACAUGAAGCUAAGAGCUUUAACGAGAUUGAAAUUGCCUGGCAAUAGAUAUCCCCAAACUACAACCUCCAUUUUGUUGUUCCUAGUGUAACUUGAUUAAACACAAUGCUUAAAAUGCGUUAACCUCUCUAUUGUUUAUUGCCUAGUCCCUGUACGGCGUCUUUUCAGGCCCUCUCGGUCAAUGCAUUUCGGUGACGUAUCCGAGACGAACGGCCGAGAGACGCCUAGACAAUCUCGGAGUGCUCAUUUGUGAGCAUUUUUGAAAAGUUCACACGGUCAACUGAAAUAAUCUAUAAAUAACUUUGCGCGUGAGUAUCCUUCGCUAAAGAUCGGCACUAUUGACACUAUUACAAAAAUAACUAACCUAGUUCGUGUUAGAAAAGAACAAAAAUAUUACUUUGAAUCGGAAAGAAAACUACUGUAUAACGUGCAAGUAAUUUCUCUUUUAGUCCAUCUUCAAAUGAACCAUUAAAACCCAUUAAAAUGAUAGUCUUUAUUGAUAAAAAGAUUUGAAACAGUAGUUAGUUGACAUUUUACCAAAUUUAGAGACCAAAUUCAACAGCCUGUCCGAUUACUUUGACAAGCUUCCAAAUCCAAAAAUUAUAUUACAUAAAGUAUUUCGAAGUUAAAACGAGAAAUUUAUAGGAGCAAGCGAAAAUAGAGAAACGAAAGAUAGCUUGUCAUAUCCAAGAAUAAAUAUAAACUUAUUUCUUUAGCUUACCUUCCGAUUCUUGAUCAAAUAAUUUUUUUGCGACGCUGUUUUAGUUAGCCUACAAAUAGUUUUUGAGAUGAAAUAAAGUUCAGAUUAGUUUAAUGAGAUAAAUGACAAAGAAAGGCCAAACGACUUUCAACAAUAAAAACGUGCAUAGAAUAAAAAGGUUCGUUUUUCUGUACUCUCCAUGGCUGCUGGACAUCUUUCAUCAGCACGGAAAAGUUAUUGACAGCUCGCCCGCUUCCAACGGCUCCGUCCCAAGGGAGACAAAAUGUCUCACUUCUCCGAGUUUGUCUAGGCCUCAAAAACUUUCUCGGACCACGUGACCCGAAACGCAUCGGCCGCGCAUAAUAAUGAGGCCUAGGGACUAGGCAAUAUUGUUUACACAUCCUUUGCAGAUUACCAGAGAAGUAUUAUAGUCGAACACUCCCACACAAAUUACCCCCCAGAAAAGAACCUAUGCUUGUCAGUAGACUGCCCAUGUUAGGUUACAUGGAGCAGAGUGUCGCUACAGCACUGACCAAAGCGUUAACUGCAGUGGGAUGUUUUAAACCCAAAUAUCCGUUUGUGGAAGUCAGCUCUUCUCUACAUAGCCUAUCAUCUUAA